AUGGACGCUCCUCGUGCACGAGCAGCCCUGUUUGUUUGUGUUGAGAGCUUGGAAAUGGCGGAGAGCGGAGAACGAAGCGAUAACUUGGGUUUGCAGACGCGAGUGCGCCGACAUUGAGACACGGAAACCGACCGCGAGCGAUCCACGGAGCCGACGAGGAUCCCCCUCAGCCGAUGGGACUCGAGUCGCACUCGGCCAGAGGAGGAUCUGUGGAGCGGGGUCUGGGUUUAGCGAGGUGGUUAGCCAGCUAAGCUAACCGCGCUAGCAGCUCGUCGUUAGCUCCGCCGAGUCGCGCUGGUUCUUUCCACGCAGCCGCUUGUUUGUCAACAGAAGCCGGACGUUCGACCAGCAGCGAGCCCGCUGGCGACCCAGCUCCCCCCGCGACCCCGUCGAGCUCGGCCCGGGGUCGAGCGCGGAGAUCUCACGGCGAAGUGCGAGUGGAUAUUAAAAAAAAAAAAUUAAAAAAAAGAGAAAAAGUCCAGACAUCGGACAGUCCUGCAAGUUUAGCUGGUUAGCAGGUUAGCGGGUUAGCGGGUUAGCUGGUUAGCAGGGGCGAGCUAACCGCUGCUGUCUGGUUCCGAGCCGCCGUUCACAUGGGAAUAACCCGCCCGGGGUGACGGGCUGCGGGCACAGCUCCGCCGGCAGGAUCCCGCAUCAGCAGCUGGGACGGACGAGCAAAACCAGUCUGAGGCCAACAGGCUUCUCCCCCCCCCCCCUGCACCUGGGAUGGUGCCAUGCGACAGAGUGGCUGUGGAGCCAUAACCCCACCACCACCACCACCACCAGCAGCAGCUCCAUCAUCUCAACUCUGAGACCACCACUGACCUCACCCCCUCCAGGCUCCCCUUCCUCUUUUAAGCUUUGCUCAGAGCCCUGGACAAGGCCACCACAGACACCACAUGACUCACCCACUGGAGCCCUAGAUCAAGUCAGUUGAAGCUGAAAAUGAGUGCAGUAGGGGAAAGCCCCCUGGACCCUGCCACGCCGGAGUCACGCAAGAGGAAGGGCUCGCCAUGCGACACAUCAGGGCAAAGCCUGGAGAAGAGGAGACGGGAGCUGGAGUGCCGCUACAUCGAGGAGCUGGCCGAGCUGCUGUCGUCCAACAUGGGCGACAUCGCCAGCCUCAGUGUCAAACCCGACAAGUGCCACAUACUCAAGAGCACCGUGGACCAAAUCCAGCAGAUCAAACGGCGUGAGCAGGAGAAAGCAGCUCUUCUGUCCCCAGAUGACGAGGUGCAGAAGAGCGACAUCUCCUCCAGUAGCCAGGGGCUGGUGGAGAAAGAGGCACUGGGGCCCAUGCUGCUAGAGGCCCUUGAUGGGUUUUUCUUCGUGGUCAACCGGGAAGGCCGCAUCGUCUUUGUCUCUGAGAACGUGACGAGUUACCUCGGAUACACCCAGGAGGAGCUGAUGACAUCGAGUGUCUACAACAUCCUCCACGUGGGAGACCACAAUGAAUUUGUGCGGAAUCUGCUGCCCAAAAGCCUCGUAAACGGUGUGCCGUGGCCACAGGAAACUGGCCGAAGGAACAGCCACACCUUUAACUGUCGCAUGCUGAAGAGGCCACCGGACGAGGUGGACUCGGAGAACCUGGAGGCGCGGCAGCAGUACGAGAUCAUGCAGUGUUUCACCGUUUCCCAGCCACAGGCCAAGCAGCAGGAGGAGGGAGAUGACCUGCAGAGCUGCUUGAUCUGUAUCGCCUGUCGAAUACCUCGAGCUCAGCCCGUCAACAGUGAGUCCUUCAUCACGAAGCAGGACCCCACAGGGAAGAUCAUCUCCAUAGAAACGAGCGCUUUGCGAGCGACGGGCCGGCCCGGCUGGGAGGACCUGGUCAGGAAGUGCAUCUACGCUUUCUUUCAGCCGCAGGGCAAAGAGCCCUCCCACGCCAAGAAGCUGCUGCAUGAGGUGAUGACCCACGGCAGCGCCAUCAGCCCGCUGUACCAUUUCUCGUUAAGUGACGGAACCCCACUCAGCGCUCAGACUCGCUGCAAGUUCUUCUGCCCCCCCAACCCUGACGUUCAGCCUUUCAUCAUGGGCUUUCACACUAUUGACAGGGAACACAACACUGCUAGCUCUCAGGAAAACACUACACCGACCCUUGGCAGCCUUGCCCAGACUCCCUCCCGCUCCCCAACCCUUCCUCCCGGCAGCAACUCAACCCAAGGUUCCGGCCUCGCCUCCUCAGGCCUUCACCCCAACAACAGCAACGCCUCCUCCCACGGACACAACCCCGCCACGUCCACGGGCUACGUGACGCCCUGUCGGACGUGUCCCCAGCAGGUCAACAGUCCCUCUCCUUUGAGCAGCCCACUCACAGCCACCCCUACCUCGUUUAUGUCGCCCAGGAUGCCACGGGCCAGCCCUGGGUUGGGGGGAAGCCCCCGGGUACCAGGGAACCCCUUCUCUCCCUCCACGCCAGGCCUCCAUUCCCCAACCGGGGCGCUGAGCAGCGGAGGCAGCCUCAACCGACAGCAGUCUGGUGGUGACGGCGGCACCAGCUGUGGGUCAACAGGGUCUUUCUCCCUGUCCUCCCCUGUCCCCCAGAGACAAGCCAGUACACCCACCGGCUCCUCCACUCAGCCUCCGUCAGUAAAACACCCAGAAGGAGGAGGAGAAGGAGGGGGAGAGGACUCUGUUAAAGCCCCCCUGCCUUCCGCCUCACAGCUGGGUACCCCCAGACUCAACCUGCUCCUGGGUAUCAACGGGACAUCAGUUGAAUCUAACAGCAACAGCAACAGCAACAGCACCCACUGCACCUCAUCACCUCAUCCUCCAAACCCCGCUCCUGCCCCACAGUGCCCUGCCUCACACAGUACUCUCACGGAGCGACACAAGAUCCUCCACCGGCUGCUCCAGGACAGUAGUCCCAACGACGCCUCCACCGCCGCCGAGGACGGACAAAACAAAAACGACGUCGACGUCAAGAAGGAGCUGCCCGCCUGUCCAGCACUUACCGCAUCGUCCAAAUCCAGCUCCAGGGAGCCGCAGGACCACCAGUUACUCCGCUUUCUCCUGGAUACAGACGAGAAGGACUUGGGGGACCUGCCUCCUCCCUCCGCCCUCAGCCUGCAGACCGUCAGGGUGAAGGUGGAGAAGAGAGUGAGCGUUGAUGGACCGCCGCUCUGCACGGGCUCGUCUGCCGCAGCAUCCAAACCUGCAGCCGUGUCCAGCAGCCCGGCCUGCGUCAGCCCCAAACCCAGUCCCGUCGGAGAGAACCGGCGAGACAGCCGCAGGGACAGCAGAGACUCCACGAUGUCUGACGGCCCUAUUGACAUGGACUCUCUCACCCAGCUGCUGCCUGGCCUGAGAGGCCCGAGUGGGGCCAAACAGGGCAGCGAGGAUCCAGCAACCCCCGGAAGCCCCCAACUCCAGUCUCCGGGCCCCCCGGCUCAGCUCCAGUCUCCUAUGCCUCAGCUCCAGUCCCCACUGUCCCAGCCCCAGUCUAUUCCCCAGUUGCAGUCGCCGUCACCUCAGCUCCACUCCCCCUCACCCCAGCUCAAACUGCAGUCACCCACCCAGCUCCAGCCCGGCGAGGCCAGCACUCCCCGCAACCUAAAUGUGAAGAGAGAGCCUCCCGGCACUCCGAACAGAGGGCUCAGCGAUGGCGGACCGCCCUCUGGCUGCAGCCUCCAGAGUCAGUCGGCGUUCGAUUUCUGCAGCCCCCCCACUCCAAGCAAGAUACCCACCCAGGGACAGGGGGACCCCUUCCAGACCCCCAAGGACAGCAGCCCCUUCCCAGAGGCCGAAGUCAUCAACCCCUUCAGCUCAAGCACUGGCCUCACCAAGAUGGACGUGGGAGACUCUCAGUUCCAGCCUCUGGCUCUGUCGGACACUUUGUCCUUCGAUGGUCUCGGAACUCUUCUACAGGCUCCGUUAGCGUCACCGCAAGAGCAGUGUGUCCCCUGUACGCUGGAUGAAGUGCUCGGCCCUCUGACGGCACCCGAGGGCCGAAACGACGAGAAAGCUCUGCUGGAGCAGCUCGUCUCCUUCCUCAGUGGAACCGACGAGAGUGAACUGGCUGAGCUGGACAAGGCCCUGGGUAUCGACAAGCUCGUACAGGGUGGCUGCUUUGACCCUCUGCCUCAAACCUUCCCCUCCCAGCAACCCACUGCCACCCCGGUCUCCCUGGACCCCAAACUCCCCAGCUACCCCUCCCAGUUCACAGCAGCUCCACAGGCCCAGUUCCCUCCAGAGCUGGCCACCGUGGGGCCACAGGGUCUGGGCUUCGGAGCCCCUCGGGGGGCUUUCCCCGGGGGGGCGGGCAUGGGCCCGAGGCCAGGCGUGACGCGACCACAGGGGAUGGGCGCUCAGCUCCGGCUGCCACCCAACCAGCUCCGCCUGCAGCUGCAGCAGAGGCUCCAGGGCCCGCAGCAGCUGCAGAACCGGCUGGCGGCCAUUAAUCCGUUUCCUGCAGGACAUGUGAACAUGGGUGUUCGUCAGGGCGUUCCACAACCUCAGAUUCCCUCACAACAGCCUCCACUGAAUGCCCAGAUGUUGGCCCAGCGUCAGAGGGAACUCUACAGCAUCCAGCACCGCCAGCGACAGCUUUUCCAGCAGAAGGUCAUGCUGAUGAGACAGAACCUGGCAGGCGCUCCGACUGCAGCCGUGGGGCCCGUCGGAACUGCCAGGGUCUCGAAAGGUCCCCCCACGACGCCUCAGCAGCAGCAGCAGCAGCAGUUCAACUUCCCACCGGGGUUCAACCCGAUGACGGGAAACCCCCCUACCUCACCGAGUCACUUCAGCCCCAUGUCAGGGGCCCCUCUGGACAACAAGCUGUCCGCCAGAGCUCCUCUGAAUAGCCCGACGCUGAUGGGCGGCGUGCAGGGCCAGUUCAGCGGCACCGUCAACUCCUCAUUGCAGCAGAGUCUGUUUCAGCAGUUUGGAGGGUCUGCUUUGGUCCAGCAAGAUCCAUCCUUCCCUCCUGACAUGAGCCCGACCAGCCCGUUGUUAUCACCUCAAAACUCAACCUCCCAGAGUCCUCUGCUUCAGCAAGCCCCUCCUCCUGGCUACCAGUCACCAGACAUGAAGAGCUGGCAACAGACGGGGAUUGGCAGCAACAGCCUGUUCAGUCAGUCAGGACAGAGUGCAGGGCAGGCGUUUGGCCAGCAGGGGGUUUACAACAACAUGAGCAUCACCGUCUCCAUGGCCGGAGGCUCGGGUGGUGUCGGCUCAUUACCUCCCAUGGGGCAGCCGGUCGGCAUGAGCAACAGUAACCUCAGCAACGUCGGCUCAGUGUGCAGCGACCAGCAGGUGCAGCAGGUUCAGGUGUUCGCGGACGUCCAGUGCACAGUGAACCUGGUUGGCAGCGACUCGUACCUGAACCAGGGCUCCAUCGCCGCCGCGGCCUCCCAGAAGGGCCCGGGGCCGCCGGGCGCCCAGAACAACCAGGCCCAGCAGAAGAGCCUCCUCCAGCAGCUGCUCACCGAGUGACACCUCCCGCCCCUUCAGCUCUCCUGCUCCCCUUCUACUUCUCACUUCUACGCCUCCUCCUCCUCCUCCUCGGAGGUCAGUGCACCAGACCCAUUGCUGUCUCUGUCUCACCUUUUGGAUGGAAGGACGGAUGUUUGGACGGCCACGGCGUUGGCUCAGAGCGCUCGACGCGGCCGAACCACUUCUGUGCGGGGGGGGGGAUUGAUUCUGGGCUGGUUGUUUUGCCGCCCAGUACUUAAAGAAAAGACUCGCGUCAGAAGGAGCAGCAGUGUAUUUGAACCUGCCUGUCUAAUCUGUCUGACAACCUGUCUGUCUGCCUCAGCCUAUUAAAGGCAGUGUUGUCUUGCUGCUCAUUCCUUGGUGACCUACUUCCUGCUUCCUGACCCAAGAAAACAAACUGCGACUUCAUUGUAGAUUUGCCAAGUUGUCGUCACUGUUAAAUCAGGGCCUCCUUUACUUUUUUGUUUUUGUUUUUUGGGUUCUUUUUCUGAUCGGGCGGUUUCCGUCGGGGGGCCGUCGCAGCAGCAGUGCAUCUUGGGAGCAUGAGCUGCAGCGUACAGUUGCGCUCAGCGUUUUUAAAAGUGUGGGGGGUAUCCCACACAACAGCACCUCUGGCUUUUUAUUUUUUUAUUUCCGUUUUUUUGUUUUGUUUUUCCUCUACCUGUCUCUCAGCGAUGUGGGAAUGUUAAGGUUUCAGACCUCUGCGGCAUUGUGGGAUAGGAGCUCAGUACCAGCUGGUUCUGUGACUGUCUCUCUCUAUCAGCUACAGUGCCUGGUCGAAGCGAGAGCUUUUUCCUAAGCUCUGCUUCUUCUUCUUCUUCUUCUUCUUCUUCUUCUUCUACAUAUUAUUCUAUGACAUCCUCUGUUUUUACUUUGGUUGAAUGUUUUUUGAUUUUUUUUUUGUUUUAAAGAAAAAAAAAAAAAAAACUCCAUCUGCUCUCACCGUCAUCAUCAUCAUCAUCUUCAUCUUCUUCAUCUUCUUCAUCUUCGCGAUCAUCAGAACAAGCUUUGACAACAGCCGGGAUGGAUGGAUGGAAGGAUUGAUGGAUGGAUGGAAGGAUUGAUGGAUGGAUGGGAGACAGACAGGAAGCUGCUCAGUUUGGAACUUAUGUGUCUUUCUCCCCCGGGAGGAGGUUUUAUUUUUAUUAUUUUUUUUCAAAGUAUAUAUAUAUAUAAAAAGACUGUUAUGAUUA